AUGCCCUCAGGAUAUAGGUGCAACGUUAUUGAUUGGAGCAUCAAGGCCAGUGAUGAUGUGUCGCUGGAUAGCCUCGAGUUUAGUGCGUUGCCUAGCGGUCUUCAUUUGGUAGAGCAGGAUGUCAUUUACAUCACCAAGGAUGGGCGGCAUGGUGUCUGUGUCUUUCGUCGGAGGAAAACGACCGAGCAGGGACAUCGAGGCUUCCGGCUGCCCUCUCUUGGAAUUCUGCUAGCCAAAUCUGCACGUUCAAAACCGUGGCGGCAUCUUUCCGCCCUGAAGGACCUUGUUGCGACUAUAUAUACCCGCUUGGAGAUUUCUGAGAUCCUUGAGCCCACUGACGAGGACUGGGAACCAGCCCGGGUCUUUUUUGAGGAACACAAGGUCGGGCAAGACGACCUCGGGGGCGCUGGGCAAUGGAAUGGAUGGAGCUACGAGUUUGACGGGGUGCGUUGUUCUACACCGGAAGGAUAA